AUUCGCUAUUGUAUUGGUUAACGGAGAAGGAUGUCGUCUGAAUUUAACGGGGAAGACAAACCUCCUGCACCACCAUUACGUUUAACAAGUAAUAAGAAUGCAGUGGAUUUGAAGCCUUUACCAAAAGAACCUGAUGAAAGGAAAAAGAGUAAAAGUAGUAAAAACUCAGCUAAAAUAAAAGUUAACGACAGAACUAUAAUAUCUUCACCGCAAGACUUUCAUCAUGUUAUACAUGUUGGCUUUAAUGCUGAAACUGGAGAGUUUACGGGUAUGCCGAACGAAUGGGCCAGAUUGUUGAAACAUUCAGAAAUUUCGAAAGAACAACAAUUAAAAAAUCCUCAGGCCGUUCUAGACAUUCUUGGAUUCUAUACAGCAUCAAACAAGGAAGGAAACAAGUAUAUGUAUUCAACUGGCAAGGAGUCUGUCAGUAAUUCUAGCAGCAAUAGUAGUAUGGUGACUGAAAAGAGUACAAAUCAUAUAGAAGUAGACAUUGAGCCCAUCAAGCCAGAGCCUCCUAAUCCACCAUGCACUCCAGAAGAAGUAGAACUUCCUCCACCACCCGUAAUAUCUAGGCCAGAGAAAACUAAAUCAAUUUAUACAAAACCACUUGAAGAAGAGAAAAAACCCGCACCAAAGGCAAACGGCUCCGAAUCCGUUAAAAAACAAACAAAUAAGAAGAAAAAGAUGUCCGAUGAGGAAAUUUUACAAAAACUUAGAGGAAUUGUCACAAUUGGGGAUCCCAAUAGAAAAUACAAUAAAUUAGAAAAAAUAGGUCAAGGGGCUUCCGGAACUGUACACAUCGCUAUCGACACAACAACAAAUCGGGAAGUAGCUAUUAAACAAAUGCCUUUACAACAACAACCAAAGAAAGAAUUAAUCAUUAAUGAAAUUGUUGUUAUGAAAGAAAAUAAGAAUGCGAAUAUUGUCAAUUUUGUUGAUAGUUAUUUGGUGACUGACGAAACGUCAAAUUACGAGUUAUGGGUAAUAAUGGAAUACUUGAAUGGAGGUUCUUUAACGGACGUUGUCACUGAAACUUGUAUGGAUGAAGGCCAAAUAGCAGCAGUAUCAAGAGAAGUUUUGCAAGCUUUAGAGUUUUUGCACGAAAAUAAAGUUAUUCACAGAGAUAUCAAAUCAGAUAAUAUUCUACUAGGAAUGGAUGGUUCGGUUAAAUUGACUGAUUUUGGAUUUUGCGCUCAAUUGUCACCGGAACAGAAUAAGCGAUGUACAAUGGUCGGUACCCCAUAUUGGAUGGCUCCUGAGGUGGUUACAAGAAAACAAUACGACACAAAGGUAGACAUUUGGUCACUUGGAAUAAUGGCAAUUGAAAUGAUUGACGGGGAACCGCCUUACUUGAAUGAAAAUCCAUUACGGGCUCUCUAUCUUAUUGCUACCAAUGGUAAGCCCGAAAUAAAAGAACGAAGCAAGCUAUCUCCAGUAUUUCAGGAUUUCCUAGACAAAUGCCUUGCUGUAAAUGUCUCUGAAAGGUGGAACGCGAGUCGAUUACUAAGUCAUCCCUUUCUCCGAUUAGCAAAGCCUCUUUCAUCAUUAAUCCCCCUUAUUCACGCUGCCAGAGAAGCUUCUAGAAAGCCUUAA